GCUACAACAACUGACACAACAACAACUACCCCAACAACAACUGCUAAAACAACUGCCCCAACAACUCAUACAACAACAACUGAUACAACUGCCCCAACGACAACGACUGCCACAACAACAACUGCUACAACAACUACCCUAACAACUGCUGAUACAACAAGAAGUGAUACAACAACUGUCCGAACAACGACUGCUAGAACAACUGCCCCAACAACUGAAACAACAACAACUGAUAAAACAACUGCCCCAACAACAACGACUGCCAUAACAACAACUGCUACAACAAUUGCAUCAACUACAACAACUGCUCCAACAACUACAACUGCUACAACAACUAGUCCAACUACGAAAACUGCUACAACAACUGCCCCAACAACAACUGCUACAACGGCACCAACAACAAAUGAUACAACAACAAGUGAUACAACAACUGUCCCAACAACAACUGCUACAACAACUGCCCCAACAACUGAUACAACAACUGCCCCAACAACAACGACUGCCACAACAACAUCUGCUACAACAACUACCCCAACAACUGCUGAUACAAAAAUAACUGCUACAACCACUGUCCCAACAACAACAACUGAUACAUCUGCCUCAACAACAAUGACUGCCACAACAACAACUGCUUCAACAACUACCCCAACAACUGCCGAUACAGCAACAAGUGAUACAACAACUGCCAAAACAACAACUGCUACAAAUGCCCCAACAACUGAUAGAACAACAACUGAUACAACAACUGCCCCAACAACAGCUGCUACAACAACAUCUGCUCCAACAGCUACAACUAGUCCAACUACAACUGCUAAAACAUCUACCCCAACAGCAACUGCUACAACAACUGCCCCAACAGCAACUGAUACAACAACAACUGAUACAACAACUGCCCCAUCAACAACGACUGCCACAACAACUGCCCCAACAACAACGACUGCCACAACAACAACUACUACAACAACUGCCUCAAAAACAACUGAUACAACAACUGUCCCAACAACAACGACUGCCAAAACAUCAACUUCUACAACUCCCCCAACAACAACUGAUACAACAACUGCCCCAACAACAGCUGCUAUAACAACAUCUGCUCCAACAGCUACAACUGCUACAACUAGUCCAACUACAACAACUGCUACAACAACUGCCCCAACAACAACUGAUACAACAACAAGUGAUACAACAACUGCCCCAACAACAACGACUGCCACAACAACAACUGCUACAACAACUACCCCAACAACUGCUGAUACAACAACAAGUGAUACAACAACUGUCCCAACAACAACUGCUAGAACAACUGCCCCAACAACUCAUACAACAACAACUGAUACAACAACUGCCCCAACAACAACGACUGCCACAACAACAACUGCAUCAACUACAACAACUUCUCCAACAACUAAAACUGCUACAACAACUGCCCCAACAACAACUGCUACAACAGCCCCAACAACAACUGAUACAACAACAAGUGAUACAACAACUGCCCCAACAACAGAUACAACAACAACUGAUACAACAACUGCCCCAACAACAACUGCUACAACUGCCGCAACAACUGAUACAACAAAAACUGCUACAACAACUGCCCCAACAACUGACCCAACAACUGAUAAAACAACAACUGAUACAACAACUGCCCCAACAACAACGACUGCCACAACAACAACAGCUACAACUGCAUCAACUACAACAACUGCUACAACAACAACUGCUACAACAACUGCCCCAAAAACAACUGAUACAACAACUGAUACAACAACUGACCCAACAACAACGACUGCCACAACAACAACUACUACAACAACUGCCCCAAAAACAACUGCUACAACAAAUGUCCCAACAACAACGACUGCAACAACAUCAACUUCUACAACAACUUCCCCAACAACAACGACUGCCACAACAACAUAUGCUACAACUGCCACAACAACAACUGCUACAACAACUACCCCAACAACUGCUGAUACAACAACAAAUGAUACAACAAUUGCCCCACCAACAGAUACAACAACAACUGUUACAACAACUGCCCCAACAACAACUGCCCCAACAACUGAUACAACAACAACUGAUACAACAACUGCCCAAACAAUGACUGCCACAACAACAACUUCUACAACAAUUGCAUCAACUACAACAACUGCUACAACAACUAGUCCAAUUACAACAACUGCUACAACAACUGCCCCAACAAGAACUUAUACACCAACAAGUGAUACAACUGCCCCAACAACAACUGCCACAACAACAACUGCUACAACUACCACAACAACUGCCCCAACAACAACUGAUACAACAACAAGUGAUACAACAACUACCACAACAACAACUACUAAAACAAAUGACACAAAAACAACUGCUACAACAAAUGCCCCAACAACACCAACUGCCACAACAACAACUGCUACAAAAACUGCCCCAACAACAACUGCUACAACAACUGUCCAAAAAACAACGACAGCCAUAACAACAACUGCUACAACAAUUACCCCAACAACAACUGCCCCAACAACAACUGCUACAACAACUGCCCCAACAACAAUGACUGCUAUAACUACUGCUCGAACAACUACAACUGCUGCAACAACUGCCCCAACAACAACUGCUACAACAACUGCCCCAACAAAAACUGCCCCAACAACAACUGCCCCAAAAACAACUGUCCCAAAGACAACGACUGCCACAACAACAACUGCUACAACAACUGCACAAACUACAACUGCUACAACAACUGCUACAACAACUACAACUGCUACAACUGCCCCAACAACAACUAUCCCAACAACAACGCCAGCCACAACAACAACCACUACAAUAACUGCCCCAACAACAACUGCUCCAACAAGUGCAACUGCUACAACAACUGCACCAACUACAACUUCCACAACAACUGCUAUAACAACUCCUACAACAACUGGCCCAACAACGACUACCACAACAACAACCGCUACAACAACUGCCCUAACAAUAGCUGCUAUAACAACAUCUGCUCCAACAACUACAACUGCUACAACAACUAGUCCAACUACAACAACUGCUACAACAACUGCCCCAACAACAACUGAUACACCAACAAGCGACACAACUGCCCCAACAACAACGACUGCCACAACAACAAUUGCUACAACAACUGCCCCAAAAACAACUACUAUGACAACUGUCCCAACAACGACUGCCACUAUGACAACAACUGCUACAACAACUGCCCCAACAACAACUGCUACAACGGCACCAACAAAAACUGAUACAACAACAACUGCUACAACAACUGCCCCAACAACAACUGCUACAACAACUGCCCCAAAAACAACUGAUACAACAACAACUGAUACAACAACUGCCCCAACAAUGACUGCCACAACAACUACUACAACAACUGCCCCAAAAACAACUGCUACAACAACUGUCACAACAACGACUGCCACAACAUCAACUACUACAACAAUUGCCCCAACAACAACUGCUACAACAACUGCCCCAACAACUGAUUCAACAACUGAUACAACAACUGCCCCAACAACAACGACUGCCACAACAUCUGCUACAACUACCCCAACAACAGCUGAUACAACAACAAGUGAUACAACAACUGCCCCAACAACAACGACUGCCACAACAACAACAACAACUGCCCAAAAAACAACUGAUACAACAACUGUCCCAACAACAACGACUGCCACAACAUCAACCAACUGCUCCAACAACAACUGCCCCAACAACAACUGGUGCAACAAUUACAACUAUCACAACAACUGCUUCUGUUACAACCACUACAGCAACUAUAACAACUGCAGCUCCAACACCUGCUUCAACAGCAACUUCAGAGAGUACAACUGCUCCAACUACGAUCUCUGA